AAUUUCCAACUCAUUUCAUUUCUUAUGCUUUUGAGUUUUGACUCUCGUCCUUGAUCUAUUUCAACUGCUGGAGAGAAACGAAACGAUUCUCCUCUCCUUUCAUCUUCCUUCCUCUGCUCUCAUAAAACAACCUGGCAUUGCCUGUAGAUGGAGUCGGAAGAUCUGAUUCUUGCUACGGUAGCUCGAAAAAUUGACUAGUAGGAAAAGAAACAUAGAAACAUCCAGCUUAAUAGCCAUAUUUUUCGAUAUAUCCGGGAUCGUGUUAUAUCGGAACAUAAUGCCCAAGUCCUCCCAUUUCAAUGAAUCCCCGCCAACUCCAGGCAAGUUCAAGAUGGAGAAGUCCUCCUACGCUCACCGGCUCCGGUCCCGCUCCUCCAUCGGGAAGAUCGUGCUCUGGUCCCUCCUCGCCCUUGGCCUGAUCCUCCUCGUCUUCAUGCGGUCCCAGUCCCUCCGCCAGCCCGGGUUCAACCCCACAGGCCACUACUUCAGCAGCAGCUACAAGUGGGGCGGAUCCUCCUGGGAGAAGCAGGUCCGCUCCUCGGCCAAGGUCGGGUCCCGUAACGGGAUGACUGUGCUCGUGACAGGGGCUGCCGGGUUCGUCGGGAUUCACGCGUCCUCCGCCCUCAAGCGCCGGGGAGAUGGGGUCGUGGGCCUUGACAACUUCAACAAUUACUACGACCCGUCCCUCAAGCGAGCCCGUCAGGCCCUCCUCGAGAAGGCCGGGGUCUUCAUCGUGGAGGGAGACAUCAACGAUGAGGCCCUCUUGAGGAAGCUCUUCGAGCUGGUGCCUUUCACCCACGUGAUGCAUUUAGCGGCCCAAGCUGGCGUUCGGUACGCUAUGGAGAACCCGAGCUCUUACGUCCACAGUAAUAUUGCCGGUUUCGUUAGCCUCCUUGAGGUCUGCAAGUCAGUAAACCCACAACCUUCUAUUGUGUGGGCAUCCUCUAGCUCUGUCUACGGACUCAACUCGAAAGUGCCCUUCUCCGAAAAGGACCGAACCGAUCAACCAGCCAGCUUGUAUGCAGCCACCAAGAAGGCUGGGGAGGAGAUCGCCCACACUUACAACCACAUCUACGGGCUCUCACUCACGGGGCUGCGGUUCUUCACCGUCUACGGGCCCUGGGGUAGGCCCGACAUGGCCUACUUCUUCUUCACAAGGGACAUCCUCAAGGGCAAGGCGAUUCCGAUCUUCGAGGGAGCAAAUCAUGGCACAGUUGCAAGGGACUUUACUUUCAUCGAUGACAUCGUGAGGGGAUGUUUAGCGUCUCUGGACACAUCAGAGAAGAGCACGGGAAGCGGCGGUAAGAAGAAGGGACCUGCACAAUUGCGGGUCUACAAUCUCGGGAACACCUCCCCCGUGCCAGUGGGUGAUCUGGUCAGCAUAUUGGAGAGGCUAUUGAAAGUCAAGGCGAACAGAAAGAUAAUGACGCUUCCUCGGAACGGCGAUGUCCAGUUCACGCACGCGAACAUUAGCCUGGCCCAUAAAGAGCUCGGGUACAUGCCCACGACCGAUCUGCAGACGGGGCUGAAGAAGUUUGUGUCGUGGUACCUGAGAUUCUAUGCCAGCGGGAAGAAGAGCGGCAGCUGAUACUAUCCUGGUAAUUCGAGCCGAGGCUUUGUUCAUCAGUUCGCUUGAGAAUCUUAUCCAUUUGUGGUACUUGUGAUUGUUGGUGAGUAUUAACACGAUGGCUUACGCCUCAAGGAAGCACUUUAAGCAUAAGUGUUGCGGCGACUCGGGCAAUGUUUUCCAAGCGGUUUCCGAACCUGAAGGAUUUGUUUGGUGCAGUCUCAGCAAUGUGGAAGAGUUAAAUAGUAAUCAGCGGCAGAUUGAUCACAAUGUAAUUUCAACAAACAAGAAAACUAUCUAUCAUUAGAUUCUAUAGUUGCUUUUGAUUUUCAAGUUGCAGAAAUUCUCUUGGAUGUUUUAGGGCUUGAAAUUGUAAAGAGCUUCCAACGUUUGACUGCAUGCUUAAAAGGAUUCUCUUGGCUUUGCGAUUA